CCUGUCGAAGUGUCCACGACACAGGGACCGAAUGCGCCCAACGGACCGAAGUCGGCCGACCGCGGAUGGCAACGUCCUCCUGUUGGAGCACAUCAACUUGAGCAUUCAAGAGAGUGGAGAUGACGCGACUUCAUCUGGGAUCUUUUACCUCAACGUGCUGGGAUGUGCACGCGAUCCACGUGUUCAACGCAUGGUGCACGCCAAUAUCGGGCUCAGUCAAUUCCACGUCUUGCCCGACCAACCCGUGGGCCAACGAAUCAAUGGGGAAAUCGCCCUGUUUUACCCCGACUUAGAUCAGUUUGCAGAGCAUGUGGCCAAGCAAGCCUACCCGCACGAGUGGAAGAAUUGUCGGUCGAACCACCUUCCGCCGUCGAUCGCAUCGUGGGAUUUUGCAAAUGCAUCAUCCUUGUACCGUCAUAUCCAGCUGCUCUGCCCAAAUCGAAAUGUGUUCAAGUGUUUUCAGGCUCCUGAGGACUACUCCAGCGCUGUCGAAGCGAUCGGUACCCAACCUGGCGCGCAUUCUCUGGGAAUGGGGAUGGCCUACAUCAAGUUUUUCGUGCGAUCAGGCAUUGCUCUCGGCAUUGCUCGGUUUUAUGAGGAGUUUCUUGGUGCCACAUGUACCAUGGAGAAGUCAAGCGAUGGCCAAGUCGUUUGUGCAGUCGAAUGUGGAUCCAUUCAACGGCUGCUCUUCGAGGAGGUGUCGUCGGACGUACAGCUCCAGCCAUACGAUGGCCACCACAUCUGCAUCUACAUCUCUGAGUUCGAGUCGUCGUUCUUUCACUUGCAUGAGCGACAGCUCACGUGGAACAAUCCGCUCUUUGAAGACCGCUGCGACUCGUGGGCCGAAGCCGAAAAGCACAACCAGUAUCGCAUUUUGCGAGUUGUCGACCCUGCCACCGAGACACUUCUUAUGGAGCUCGAGCAUGAGAUUCGACCAGUGUCCCACUCAAGAUGUCCUCUGUAUGCCAACCCCAAUUCCGUUUCCACGAUCUCUAGUGGAAUGUGAACGAAUCCCAUGCAUAUGCCCCCGCGUUGCAACCUUGCAACACCCGUGCUAGAGCGAGCGCCUCCCGCAGCGACUCUGCUACACAUCCAAAUGGAUGAUUCAGAGGCAGAAUUUCGUCGAGUGCACGAAUCAAAGAAAUGUGCCGACGUCCCGUCCAUGGAUGGCGCGAGUUGCAUCGCGGUGAUGAGCCCAGCUACGAGACGCCCCUCCAUCAUCUACCUGGGAAGGGGUAGCGCAUGCACGGAGUCAGCGCAGUGGGCGUCAGCAGGCGAAGGAGCCAUUCAAGAUAUGUUGCUUAUUAUAGUGGUUUGUGUAUGCCUCCUUGGAUGCCGUUGGUGCUCAUAACUGCAG